AUGGUCCAGGACGGUUACCACGGACUACAGUGGCAAAGAAGGAAUUAUCCAAUCUUGAGCUUGGAGGACGCAAACAAGGUCUUGCGCAGAAGCGAGCUCUCUCAGGACCCAGGAGUGGACGGUCCUGUCCGCAUCACUCGCUUCGACAGUCUGAGAGUAGAAGCGACGCAGCCAUGCCAGGACAAUUUUACCUAUGAGACCGCUGACGUAGGCGCGGGUGAUCCUUGGCAUUUCUGGGGAGUAUUUGAUGGUCACGCGGGUUGGCAAACGUCGACAGUGCUCAGCCAGUCACUGGUGUCCUAUGUAGCACGAGAGUUGAAGCAGGUGGACAAGACCGACCCAGAAAGCAUCGAUCAAGCCAUCAAGAUCGCCUUCAUCAAGCUUGAUGACGAGAUCGUCAAGGGUGCUCUGGAGUCUGUAAAAAGCGCUGGGAGCCGGCCGCGUGCAGAGACUAUCGCCGACAUCGCUCCAGCUAAUUCGGGGUCGAUGGCUGUCCUCAGCGUCUUUGACCCGGCGACGUCCACCCUUCGCGUUGCGUCAGUUGGUGACUCUCAAGCUAUCCUAGGCCAACACGCCGCAGGCACGGGCGACGCCCCCUCUCAGACAUGGACGGCAGUACCGCUCUCCGUUCCCCAGACACCCGACCGGCCGGACGAGCUAGAACGACUCCAUGCUCAACAUCCCGGGGAGCCGGACUCUGACCUCUUCACUCCGGAUGGAAAACGCCUUCUCGGUCUUCCGGUGACCAGGGCAUUUGGCGAUCUUAGGUGGAAAUGGCCUGACGAGGCCAUCGCGGAUGCUCGCAAGAAGUUCUAUGCAUUUCCCGCGCGCCCGAACGCAAAAACACCUCCUUACCUGACCGCAGAGCCUGAGAUCAGUACCACUGUCGUCAAGAAAGGUGACUUUGCCGUCCUUGCAACAGAUGGUCUCUGGGAUACCCUGACGCCAGACAAUGUAGUAGAAUGCCUAAGGCUAUGGCUCCAGGAAGGCAGACUCAAAGGCCCCGGCACCCUCAAGGAAGCUCAACAGCCCGAGAGCGCCGACUCUGCUCCCGUAUUCUCCGGGGACGAAGAGCCCGAAUCGCGCGUGGGCUACCCGUGGGACUGGAAGGGCCGGCCUGAGGACUUUGUCGUCGAGGACGACAACGCCGCCACCCACCUCGCUAGGAACGCCCUUGGCGGGAAGAGGAGGGAGCAGUUCUGUACCAUCCUGGGUGUGCCGGAGCCGCACACGGACGAUGCCCGCGACGACAUCACGGUCCAGGUCCUCUUCUUCGGGGAUAUUGGGACUGACUGA